UGUGUAACAUGUAAAUCUCUUCUGGACCAGGGCCCAUCACUGUGGUUUGGCAACACCAGCAGCACAUCUCUUUUCUCGUCUCUUGAAAAAAAAAAACCAACAGAGAAAAAGGUACCUUGAAAAUAAAGGUAAUGAUUAAUCUAUCGGACACCAAAAGGAUCAUUUUCGGGAUUUCGGGGUGUAAGUCCCCGAUUCAGACAAACAGCAGCGAGCAGGGAAUGACAGUUCCAGCCGCAGACGAUUAAGCCAAACGGCAUUGGUACAGCCAGAGACUCUGACCAGACAUCUCCAGCAAUCUGUGAGCCACUGUCAAAACGUCCGUUUUCAUGUGGCUGCGUAAGUGAGGGCCACAACAGGUAGGCAUCUGUGGAAACGGGAGUCCUCAGAGAAGCCCCAAAAUGCAGCCGGAGAAGUCAGAAAAGGGGAAAAGCUUCAAGCAGAGACUGGUCUUGAAGAGCAGCUUAGCGAAAGAAACCCUCUCUGAGUUCCUGGGCACGUUCAUCAUGAUUGUCCUUGGAUGCGGCUCUGUGGCCCAAGCUAUUCUCAGUCGAGGACUUUUUGGAGGGAUCAUUACUAUCAAUGUUGGAUUUGCAAUGGCAGUUGCAAUGGCCAUUUACGUGGCUGGCGGAGUCUCCGGCGGCCACAUCAACCCAGCUGUGUCUUUCGCAAUGUGUCUCUUUGGACGAAUGAAAUGGUUCAAACUCCCAUUUUAUGUGGGAGCCCAGUUCUUGGGAGCCUUUGCAGGGGCCGCAACCCUCUUUGGCAUUUACUAUGAUGGACUCAUGUCCUUUGCUGGUGGAAAACUGCUGAUCGUGGGAGAAAAUGCAACAGCACACAUUUUUGCAACAUACCCAGCUCCGUAUCUAUCUCUGACGAAUGCAUUUGCAGAUCAAGUGGUGGCCACCACGAUACUCCUCACGAUUGUCUUUGCCAUUUUCGACUCCCGAAACUUGGGGGCCCCCAGAGGCCUAGAGCCCAUUAUCAUCGGCCUCCUGAUCGUUACCAUUGCUUCCUCCUUGGGACUGAACAGUGGCUGUGCCAUGAACCCAGCUCGAGAUCUGAGUCCCAGACUUUUCACUGCCUUGGCAGGCUGGGGGUUUGAAGUCUUCAGAGCUGGGAACAACUUCUGGUGGAUCCCCGUGGUGGGUCCUAUGGUAGGCGCUGUCAUAGGAGGCCUCAUCUAUGUUCUUGUCAUUGAAAUCCACCAUCCAGAACCUGACUCAGUCUUAAAGGCAGAACAAACUGAGGACAGACCAGAGAAAUAUGAACUCAGUGUCGUCAUGUAGUGGCAUGCUCAGCUCUGGAUUUGCAAUCGGUCUGGGAUUCUCUUCAUAAACACGGCAUCUAAGUGUCUGUGUUUUCACAAGCCUAGGAUGGAACCCACCCACUUUUCUCUGCUAGCCACAUGGGACAUCUGAUCGGAAAAGCACCUGAGUAAAAGUCUGGAAACACCCCUUCUCUACCAGUGUCCCCCAGCCCCGCCCCCCGGAAUAACACUGACCAUCCCCUGAAACAGCCUCCUCUCCUGCCCUGCUCAUCUCAUCCUUGAUGGGAAUUCUUCCCAGGUAAGCGCUGAUCACUCGGUGUCUUGACAACAGUCUCAUCUGAGUGGUCUCGGCUGCACUAUCGGUAUGAAAUAGUGUCACCAAAACGCUUUUCUUCAGUGUCAACACAGAUUACAUUCUAUCAACCAAACCCUGAGGUGAAAGACAGAACCACAGCUUCAGUCAACAUAUUCAUGAAUUAGGGGGGCUCAUGGGUUAAGCCUCUAGAUACGCUGUGCUACUGGACUUGUAUCAAUACUGACAUUCUCCAACCCUAGUGGUGUGAGAAGCAAGAGAACGCGGCAGGAAAGCACAGGGGAGGACACUGCGGCAUUCAGAAACCGCAGGAGACAAGAUGGAUUUGAGAAGCCAAAUGGAAUUUUUAAUGGAAACCAUUUAUCAGAUUAAUCUCUUGCUCUCCUGCAUUUUAGAGGACACCAAUUAAUUUCCUGGUCUUUAGCAUAUAAUGACCUAAAAUACAAUUGUAACCUCAGUCAUGAAAAAUCCAUCACUCUGCCUUCUUAGCUCAAAUGUAUUUUCCUAAUUGCCCACUUGAGAACAGAUAUUUGACAAGUUCUAUCAGCGACUGUGCCUGUCCGUUGUUUUACUCGUGCCGAGAAGCCAAAACUGAAAGCCACUGGCUCCUGGUCUAGCUGAAUCUUCAGAGUGGGAAGUCCCCAAAGAGGUAACAUUACCUUACUGGGCUUCACCAUUCCCAAGGCACCCACAUCAUCUGACUUAAUUCUCAUAAUGUGUACCUGAGGCAAAUGCCACAUUGCCUAUUUUUCAAUAAACAAAGUCUUAGGGAAGUCGCGUUGUCCAAGAGCACAUGGAAAGUGAACAUUAUCUAACGCAUUCCUCUACCUUUCAGAAGAUUAGUAGCUGGGUGAGAAUUUUUGCCAAAUCUUUCUGGCCGGCCAGAAGUGGAAUUGGCAGCUUCCAGAAUAUAUCCAGCCCUGAACAUAAUGUUCCUCAAUCUUAAGAUGCAAAGACCCUCGUUUUCUGGACUUAUUCCCACACUUACUGAGUACAGAUGGAGGAAAGCGGUAGCAAUUCAAUCAUACCUUUCAUUUGCUGAUAAACAUUAUCAGAAGGCCCUUCCCAAGCCACCUUUGGUCUUGCUAAGCCUUGAUCUUCCUUCCUGCCAGCCCCAAACAUUCCAUUCAGGGCAUUUCCCCCAGUUCAGUCUUUUCCCCUUGAAGUUCUCUAAUGGAUGUUACUUCUGAGAAAAGAUCGCCCGCGAGUUACAAGCACCAGGGGAUGCUCCACAUCAGGGGAUGCACCUUCAGUGAAAGAGUCAAAAAGCCCAGCAUUCCCAAAGGCGUUAGGUUUCCCAGCUGCUUUGUGCUGAUAACAGAACAACAGAAAGCAAAUGGGAAAUGUUUCUGGUGACUUAUGUUCUACCAUCUACGGACAAAGGGGAUUUUUUUCCGGCUUGGAGGCUACCUGGAUAUUUCCUAUUUGAAAUAAAAUUGUUGAGUCACGGUU